AUGGCAGCGCCCGCAUGUCCGCUGGCGCGGCUCCGGGCGCCGUUGGCGCGCCUGGACUCACGGCGGUGUACAGGCAGCAGCUUCGACGACCGCGCUGCCACCUGGGACACUCCGAGCAGUAUGGCCAGGGUAGCCUGGGUGGCCGGGCUCAUCGAGGCGCAGCCCUGGUUCCGCCCGGAGGCCAUGGGCAGCUGCUUGGACUUCGGGUGUGGCACAGGCCUCCUGGCCUUCCAGCUGCAAGGGCACUGCACCUCGCUGGUGGGCGUGGACACCUCCGAGGGCAUGCUGCAGGUCAUGGAGGCGAAGAUCUCAGGGGGCGGCCUGGAGACCAAGAUGCGGGCGGCGCGGCAGCUGCAAGGCCUGCCGACCUUCGACCUCGUGGUGAGCUUGUUGUGCCUCCAUCACGUGCGGGACUGCCAGCAGCAGGUGCAAGAGCUGGCCCGUCACCUGACGCCCGGAGGGCGGAUGGUUUUGGUGGACUUCGAGGCGACGGAGAACGCGCGGCUCUUCCACAAGGCCGACCACAGGCUGGGUGAGCACUACGAGCAUGACGGCCUGGUAGCGGAGGAGCUGUUGGGCUGGCUGCGGGCGGCCGACUUGGAGGAGCUGGAGCUGGUGAGGGAGCCCUUCCAAAAGGACCUGGCCGAAGGCUGGCCCGGCGCUGGCAACUGGGAGACCUUCCAAAUGCUCCUCGCCUCCGGCAAAGCCCCGUGCCCUGCCGCCGAGGACAGCUUGACUUUGGCGUCGGAAGCAGAGACAUGGAGCAACGGCCUGGUGCACAUCAACUGGCAGAGAAAGGCCUCCCAUGAGGCGGACGUCUUUGAGGCGGAGGAUGACUUCCUGCGCCCCAUGGCGGCGCUCUCGGGGCAACCCAUCGACGCCACCCGGCUGCGCCAGCAGACGGUCUGGGAAGGGGAGGCGCCAUCGAUGCUCACGGAAGCGCAGCUGCAGUACUUCUUCGGCGCGCGUUCCCGAGCUCCUCCCAGCUCCGGCAGUCGAUCCAACCCCAGCUCCGGCAGCAGUACUCCGGCAGGCGCGCGGGCCAAAGCAGCUCCAGUCUUCAGUAUGAUCAAGCAGCGCUUGCUUGAUGACCGCACUAUCAGGAGCGCUGGCCUCUUUCUGGCGCGCUACCGGAUGCGGCGACAUCGGCCCUCCAACCCAAAGGCCUUGGUGGAGGAGAUCUUCAAAGCCUUCCUCCAGUGCACCAUCGUCAAGGAUGACCACGGCUUGGAGAACUUGAGAGAAGCCGUGGAGGGCUAUGUGGAGGGGGGGCGCCCCAUCGCGAGCUUUGUGCAAGCUCAGGGCCCGGAGGCCCUCGGCAACUGCGAGCCGGAGGCGGAGCAUCGGCUCCUGCACGAGAUGAGCACCAUCCCCGGCAUCAACGAGCGGAUGCGAUGCUUUCGGAUCCAGUCCUCUUGGGACAAGGAGGCUGCCAAGUGCAAGAAUGACCUUGAGGUGCUGCAGUCAGGCCUCAAAGUACUCACCACCCGCAAAGACGUGUUGCGGAAAUUCUUCAGCCAGGCAUUGAAGCUCGGCAAUGAGCUGAACCAGGAGGCCGGCGGCCCCUUGGCGCCGUUCGGCUUCCGCUUGAGCUGCUUAGAGACCUUGGCCCACACCAAGUCUCCUUGGCGCCCCAAGAUCUCUCUGCUGCACCUUGUGUUGGGGCUGAUGUCCGCAGAGGAGGUGGAGCGCCUGGCGGGGCUGCAGCACUUGGACCCCAUCCGGGCGCACGGGCUGCUAGGGAAGAGCUCCGGGGUCCAAGAGCGCUGCCGCGACCUGGUGACCUCAAUGGCCAAGCUCCGACAGACCGCGCAGCAGGUGCCUCAGAAGCGCUCGGCCGACAAGGUGCCAUUGAAGGAGGACACCUUCCAUGAAUACCUCGACCAGUUCCUGGAGAGCCGCCGUGGCAAGGCCAUUGCUUUGGCGGAAUUUUGCUGCGAGGUCUUUCAGGGCUACAAGGACCUGGCGAUCUUCUUGGGCGAGCCGGCGUAUUUUUACCCGCCUCCGGUGACCACUGAGAAUAUGGAGGACAUGUUCCGGUUCUUCCACAACUUCUCGGAGGUUCUGCUGAGGACCAAGCAGGAUGUGGCGUCCUUGCGCCUCCGCGAGGAGCUGCAGGCCGCCAUUUCCGGCGGCCCUGAGGCUGCCGCGCGGGUGGCAGAGGAGGUGGCAAUGGCCAGCGGCAUGCCCCACCUGCGUCGCCGGCUGUUGCCCGAGCCGGUCACGAAAGCUGACGCUGUGCUGAUGACGCCUCCUGGAUCUCCCAAGGUCCGCGGGGUGGCGUCGCCCUGCCGCGACCGCGGCCGGGCGUCCCCCAACGUCUCUGCCGUGUUGGCGGUGCAGAGGCUGAAGAAGACGGCCACUCCAGAGGGGGAUGCGCAGUCAGACGUGUCAGACUGGGAGCCCAACUCAGAACCGCGGCCAGGCGCCGAACACCGCGCCGACGCCGAAGCCAACGCCGCCCCCGCGGCCCCGCAGCCGGCGGCGCCAGUGCCGGCGAUGCGGCAGCCGCGGCAAACGGCGCCCCCGGUGCUCGCGGUGCGGAAGCGGCGUUUGGCGCUGCCGAGGGAGCGGCCGAUGCCCACCACGCCUUCCAGCUCAACAGCAUCCAGUCCCAAGUACUGGCUGGACUCGCCUCGCGACUCCUCCAGGUCGAGACUUCAGGACUCCUCGCCAGAGAGAACGGCUUGCAUCACCCUGCCGCUGCCGGCCACACCACGUGGAAGGUCCCUGCCAUCCAGGGCCUGCACCGCAGGUGAGAGCUCGUCAUCUCUGAGUCUGCCUGGGCCUGACAGAAGGCAGUCCAUGCGGCUGAGCCUCUCCAUGGUGGCGAACCGCUUGGAGUGCGCAGCGUUGUCGCGCUUCGAGUCUGCAUCAGAAGCAGGUGAAGGAGGCGACUCCAGAUCGAGAGCCUCCGAUGAUAGCCCCGUUUGGGUCUCUUGCAGCUCAUCCCCUUGCCAAAGAAGUGUGGACACCAGCUCCACCGACAGCACCUGGGAGACGGCCCGGAGUUGCUGGACACAGCCAAUUGGGCCAGAGGCGAACGCAUCGAUGACCGCCGAGCUGAAGGUGCAUCGAAGAAGCCAUUCCAGAGAGCUGUCCACGCCGUUGGCCAAGACCGCGCGCCAUGGAUUCGGCCUCUCGCCUGUGGCGGAGCCUGGCGAGACGCCCUACAAGGAGAGCGCCAGCAGAGGCCCGACGUCCGUCCGCUCAGAGACUUCUGCAGGUGGGAAGACAUCGCCUCCUACUGCCAGAAGGCUGCAGUUCGGCCGCAGCCCGCGGAAGUGA